AUGACCCAACCUUCAACCAUCACUUCGCGGUUCCUCUCACACCCUAACCAGCUCGGCGUCGUUGCCGUUGGUUUCAAUGGCGGCCAGUGCAAAAUGGGCGUCGAAGCGGCCCCAAUGGCCCUCAUCGAGUCAGGACUCCUAACCCAACUCAGCGAGGAUCUCGACUACGACGUCCACCACGACGACAUAGUCCACUACUACGAGAAGGACAUCCCCGCCGAAGACCCCGACCAUCGAGGCAUGAAGAAGCCACGAGCCGUCAGCGCCGUGACUGAGAAGCUCAGCUCACAGGUCUACGACUACGCCAAGGAAGGAAAGUUCGUACUCACUCUCGGCGGCGACCACUCCAUCGCCAUCGGCACCGUCUCCGGCACAGCAAAGGCAAUCCGCGAGCGUCUGGGCCGCGAAAUGGCCGUCAUCUGGGUCGACGCCCACGCCGAUAUCAAUAUCCCCGAAACAAGCGACAGCGGGAACAUCCACGGUAUGCCGAUGGCAUUCCUGACCCGGCUGGCCCGGGAGGAGAAGAAGGAUAUCUUUGGUUGGAUGCAGGAUGAGCACAUCGUGAGCACGCAGAAGCUCGUCUAUAUCGGGUUGCGUGAUGUCGAUCGUGGGGAGAAGAAGCUCUUGCGUGAGAAUGGUAUCAAGGCUUUCAGUAUGCACGAUAUCGACCGUCAUGGUAUCGGUCGCGUUGUUGAAAUGGCUCUCGCUCACAUCGGUAACGAUACUCCCAUUCACUUGUCCUUCGAUGUCGAUGCGCUGGAUCCUCAGUGGGCACCUAGUACCGGUACACCAGUCCGUGGUGGACUGACACUGCGUGAGGGAGACUUCAUCUGUGAAGCUGUGCAUGAGACGGGAAAUCUGGUUGCGAUGGACUUGGUCGAGGUGAACCCCAGCCUGGAGACCAAGGGCGCUUCGGAGACCAUUCGAGCGGGGUGUUCGUUGGUGCGUAGUGCAUUGGGCGACACUCUUCUAUAAAAGAUU